AUGGAGGAGGUGCUCAGGAAGCAGAAGAACACAGAGAACGAGGCCAAGGCCAGAUUCAGUCAGGAGGCAUCACGACUCACUGCAGAGAACAUGGACUUUGAAGAGCAGCUCGACAUGAAGGACAGGUUGAUAAGGAAGCUGCGAAACCAAAUGAAGAGCCUUCAAACAUCAGAGGAAGCCAAUCAAACACCAGCGCCCACUAUUACCAACGAAUACCUUGGCAUGUUGGAAUACAAGAGGGAGGAUGAAGCCAAGCUCAUUCAAUACGUCAUUCUGGACCUGAAGCCCAGAGGAGUUAACAUGAUCCCCAACAUGGCUGCUCAGCUUCUCUUCAUGUGUGUCCAUUAAACUGGCUCAUGUUUGUAACUGACCUCUACUCUCCUGUCAGACCUGAAGCCCAGAGGAGUUAACAUGAUCCCCAACAUGGCUGCUCAGCUUCUCUUCAUGUGUGUCCAUUAAACUGGCUCAUGUUUGUAACUGACCUCUACUCUCCUGUCAGACCUGAAGCCCAGAGGAGUUAACAUGAUCCCCAACAUGGCUGCUCAGCUUCUCUUCAUGUGUGUCCAUUAAACUGGCUCAUGUUUGUAACUGACCUCUACUCUCCUGUCAGACCUGAAGCCCAGAGGAGUUAACAUGAUCCCCAACAUGGCUGCUCAGCUUCUCUUCAU